GCCGCUGCCGACUAACGUCUUGGACCGAUGCGGCUUCGACCACCGAGCAGAGACGUACCGCCACAGAAAGGGCUCCCCGCACCCCGCGCGCUCGCACACGCACACACGCACGCGCGCCGGAUGCUUUCUUUCUUUCUUUUUUUUUUUUUCUGCAUGCGCCUCCGACCGGAAUAAAUAAUUGAGGAAUGUGGAGAAUACAGAAUGCCCAACAGCGCUGGAAAGAGAUUUAAACCCACCAAAUACAUCCCGGUGUCCACUGCUGCCACGCUCCUGGUGGGAUCGACCACUUUAUUUUUCGUUUUCACGUGUCCCUGGUUGAUGAAGGUCAUCUCUCCUGCUGUGCCUCUCUACAAUGGCCUGGUCUUCCUCUUCGUCUUGGCCAACUUCAGCAUGGCAACCUUCAUGGACCCUGGUAUUUACCCCCGAGCUGACGAGGACGAGGACAAGGACGACGAUUUCCGGGCGCCGCUUUACAAAAACAUGGAGAUCAAAGGCAUUCAGGUCCGGAUGAAGUGGUGCGCCACCUGCCACUUCUACAGGCCGCCCCGCUGCUCACACUGCAGCGUCUGCGACAACUGUGUGGAGGAUUUCGACCAUCACUGUCCCUGGGUGAACAACUGCAUCGGUCGGAGGAACUACCGUUACUUCUUCCUCUUCUUGCUGUCGUUGAGCGUUCACAUGGUGGGAGUUUUCUCCUUCGGCCUCAUCUUUGUCCUCCACCACAAAGAAAAGCUGGGAGGACUUCACACCACCGUCACCAUGGUGGUGAUGUGCGUGGCGGGGCUGUUCUUCAUCCCGGUUAUGGGCCUCACGGGCUUCCACAUGGUGCUCGUAGCUCGGGGUCGAACGACUAAUGAACAGGUGACGGGCAAGUUUCGUGGGGGAGUGAAUCCAUUCACCAAGGGUUGCUGUGGCAACGUGGAGUACGUCUUAUGCAGUCCGCUGGCGCCCAGGUACGUGUCGGACCCCAGGAAGACACCCCACGUCAAAAUCCAGCCCCCGUUCAUACGACCGGACCUCUCUGACCGGCAGAUCACCGUCAAGGUCAGCGACAACGGCAUGCACAGCACGAUAGUGAACUCCAAGUCCAAAAGCAGCAUCGACGGCCUGGACGGCAAAGAAACCCAGCCGCCGCUGCCCCCCAAAGCUGACAGGUACAACCAGCUGAAAGGCCAGCUGACGUCCAGCGAAGAAAGCUCUCUUUCUGGAAAGACCCACCCUUCCACGCCAGCUAUGUACAGAUUCAAGCCAUCCUUUGGCACAAUGCCGAAAGUCCACUACCACACUGCCGGAGAGAAGAUCGUUAUGCCAGAUGGUCGAAAAAAUUCUGCCAUCUUGGAAGAAGGUGUGCGAUCUGACUACCGAUCUGAGCCAAAUCUUGAUCUGCCCGAGUAUGCCAACGCUCCGCUCCACCGCACUUUCCAGUCCUCACCUCACCAGCUGGAUGCUGAUCCCACCAACUCCCGCACGCUCAGCCUGAAGCAAGGUCACCGCCGGCCAGAGAAGGGCCAGUUGCAGGCGCUGCCGCCCCAGACGGUUGCUUCCACUGCGUAUAAGGGUGUUUUCUCUCCAAACACUCUCUCCAACCGUAACGGCAGUCUGUCCUACGACAGCCUUCUCAACCCCAGCAUCUCUCCAGCCAGUGCCAAUGAGUGCAUGGCCCACCGGGGUAUGCCAUCCAUGGGAUUCCAUUCACCCUACCUGCCCACCAAAAUGUGCCACAUCCGGGAAUCUGAGAUCCAUAGACAACAGGUUGCUCAAACUUACAGUCCGGUGAUGCCUCCCAGAGGUUUGGGCAGGCAAUCCCCUCACCUAAGGGACAGAGAGCCAUCUCCGGUGCGCUAUGACAACCUCUCCCAAACCAUAAUGGCCUCCAUCCAGGAGAGGAAGGAGAAGGAGGAGAGGGAGAAGCGGCAGAUGCUGCAUGGACGCUCCCAGACCCAUAUCUAUGCCCAGGACUCUGGCGUGUUCGACGCAGGUUACGGUCCACCCACCAAUGUCAGCUUCCUAGAUGGACCUCGUGGGUACGGGUCUCGAGGCCCGACACCGCCAGCGUACGGUGGCUCCAGGGACAAUCUGAUGGGGGUCGGGCUGGCAAACUACGGCCAAAGAACCCCCGUAUUGCGUCACGCUGGUACCACUCUUGGCCGGGCCCCCAGGACUUCAUCCACCUCCUUACACACAGACCACAGCAGCUCUAAUAGCAGCCAGGGCAGGGCCCCCAGCCACGAAGGCUCCUACCGCUCCCCCACCCACAAGCCUCGAUCCCCAGCCAUGCCCCGAUCCCCCUCCUACUCCCACCAGAAACUUUCCUACAUCAGCGCUCACGACAGGACAGACUCCCCUUGGUUAGGGGGCCAGAGAGACGCCAUGAAAGCUAACGGGCAGAUGGACUGCCACCUGAGCCCCAGUCGCCACGGUAACGUCAAAAAGGUGACGGGCGUCGGCGGCACCACAUACGAAAUAUCUGUGUGAGCGAGGAAAGCACCCUCAGCUUUUUCACAGCGACGUCGCCGUGCAGAGGAGAAAUGGUCUCUUUAGUACCCGGUGAUGUGAUUCAACUGUCCAAUCAAAGGAACUCAGUGUGUGAUGCUGUCAAAGCAAUACCGUAUCAAUCUGUGCUGACAGAGAAGAGUAGUAGAAAACACAAAAAACAAAAAAAACCCACCUCAACAAGUGAUGUGUGUGUGUGUGUGAGCUUGAAGGCUUUUGUCGUCAAUAACUGACUCGCCAUCUUGGUCGGUGGAACCGGAAGUCCGGGCAGCUUGUCGUGAGGCGGCUGCUCCGGACGCCCGAACCUCGGCAAGAAGACUGCUGCUCGGGUCCGGCGCGGCAGGAAUUCAUGGUGCUUCACUUUUUCUCCUCCCGUACCGCUCACAUGGUCUCCGAGUCUUCAAGGCUUUGAGAGUUUAGGAAACAUAACAGGAGUGGAAAGAGAAGGUGAAGGUUUUUCUCAUCUCGUCUGAUGGUUGCAUUCCAAAUUCAGUUGCUUUUGAUUGAAGAAAGGAAAAGAUAACCUUUUUGUUUGUUAAAAAUAUUUUUUUCUCAGGAAUUAAUGCAACCAGCAGACAUGCUAGUUGACAUAAAUUCAUAUAUAAUGAAUGUGUUUUGUUUUUCUUUCUUCUUCUUGAGGUUUAUUGCAGGUUAUUUAGGGCUUUCUUUUGCCCUUGUACCUUCACAAAAAGGGCAGUAUGGAGCUGUAAGCCCUUGUUUUUCAGAGGCUACCCUACAACACAAGAGCUGGGCUGGUAUGUUUGCAUUCUGAAGUACAACAAUACCUCAUCACAAUAUUUCUCACGGACUCCAGAUAAGUUCAGACUUGCACAGCCCCAGAAAAACCCAUGUUUCAUCAAAUAAAGGACAAAAAAUAUAUAAAUAUGUCAUUUAAAAAUGAGUCAAAUAAGGUGUCUUUUUGAUACAAUUUUUGUUUUUUCUUCCUUUAAUGUGCCCAAUGGCUUAAAAACAAUGUUUGAUACAUAUUUUUAUACCUACAUUUGGUAGGAUUUUAAUGUUUAAAGUGAGGCGCUCCUGAUAGAUAUGCUUAAAAAUGAAGAAAUUAUGAAAUGAUUUCAUCUUUGCUUGCAGUAGCAUAACAUAAACCCGAUUUGUUUUUUUCUGAAAAACGACACCUUUAACUUGAGUAUAUUCAUUCAGUUGGAGGUAACCCACCGCCCUCAAAUCCCCCUCCCAAAAAAACUAUACAUAUAUGUAUUUGGGUUUUUUUUUUCAUCUGGAUAAAUAUACUCAAAAAAUGACUGUCAAAUUAUGCUACUGUGGCAAAAGAUCAAUUUAUUUUAAGGGUUGUUUUUUUUUAACACAUCUUUACCAGAGUUGCCAGUAAAUGUGUCCAGGUCUGUAAAUAUAUCAUUGCCAUGAAUUCACGAGACGAAUCAGAUCGUGGAUAAUGGGUCAAUUGAAAUUUUGCUUGUUUUAUGUUGCUGUGCAAGAAUAAGUCUCUGGUAAAUCGUAACUGACAGAUUUGUGUUUUGGAAAUUAACGUCAAAGUCACGCGACUGGUGAGCAGUCACGUGGUCCUGAUGGUCAAACAUUACAGGUCAAGGAAUGUGCAUGUCAUUAAAACUGCCUUGACUUAUCAAAGCCAAACGUGGCCAUGCUUCUCUGCAUUGACAUCUGUGCUUAAGUAGAGUGGAAAUGAUCGGACAGUUGUGCAGACGCUGUCUGGUACAGCGCGUCGACGUUUUUCUUUACUGUCGAGAUGUGAAAACCUGAAGGCAGACGUUAAUACAAGCUACAUGUCAGAUUUGUUUGCGCUACAAGAAAAGCCACCGUUGCCUUUUUUUUUUUUUAAGUGAAGGAACAGUUUCCUACACAGCUAAGUGUGUCUGAAACUCUGCUGAGAGACAAUGAAAUGCAAUCUAUCAGAUUGAGCAGAAAGUGACUCUGGAGAGCUGUCUGGGCUGAGUGAACCUUUUAAACUGCAAAAGAAGAAGAAAAAAAGCAGGGCGACUCGAAACUCCAGCGCCUCUCAUCUGGUUGGUUUAAAUUUCUCUGAAGUUCAAAGCAGAAAAACCAGAGGCUGUGGUUGUCAUUUGCUAGGGUUGAACCUUUGCAGUUUGACCAACCUGGGUCUCACCCAGCUGCCUUAAACUGAACGUUCUUGAUAGGCUGUGGUCAACAGGGCUAUUUUGGCAAAAGUGAUGGUUGGGUGAACCAAUAAAACGUAACAGUUGUUUUGUUUACUUAACUCCUGUUUAUGGUGACUUUCAAGCCCCGGUCUGACCAUGUCUCCAAGUGCAAACAACCGUCAUUCCACCUUAAGGUGACGACUGCCGUUACGCCAGUGUUUCUUUCCUAUGAUGGACAUCACUGCAGGUCAGGGCCCCAUUCCUGACGGUCGACAACGACCAACCAUUUUGUUUCAAAGACAUGUAUGUAUAAUAGAGAAAACACAAUAGCUGUAUAUGUGUUCCUAGUUUUGUGAAGAGGAAAUAUUCCCAAUGACCCGAAAGAAUAAAAUUCCCCAACUCUAA